GGGUUUGAAGGAAGGUCGCUGAAGGAUAAUUUCUGGAACUUUCUACAGAGUUUGCUCAAUCGAACCAUUAGAGCUUCUAUGCCCAAAAUCCCACCUGAAAACUCGCAGAAAAUCAUCGCCAGAAAGGAGGAAGAGGAGAAAGAAGAAGGAUAGUGAAAGGGGCAAUGGGAAUUGACUAUUACAAGGUUUUACAAGUUGAUCGCAAUGCCAAAGAUGAUGAUUUGAAGAAGGCUUACAGGAAGCUCGCCAUGAAAUGGCAUCCCGACAAGAACCCAAAUAACAAGAAAGAAGCCGAAGCCAAAUUCAAGCAGAUCUCUGAAGCUUAUGAGGUUCUUAGCGACCCCCAGAAGAAAGAGAUAUAUGACCAAUACGGUGAAGAGGGUUUAAAGGGUCAGGUGCCGCCGCCUGACGCUGGUGGUCCUGGUGGAGCUUCAUUCUUUUCCACCGGCGACCGGUCAUCAACAUUUAGAUUCAAUCCACGAAAUGCUGAAGAUAUUUAUGCGGAAUUUUUUGGGUCUUCGAACCCAUUUGGAGGAAUGGGAGGGGGACCAAGGUUUUCAAGUAGCAUUUUUGGUGAUGAUAUAUUUACAUCUUUUAGGGAAAGUGGGGGAGGAUCCAUGAACCACCAAGCUGCUUCUCGUAAAGCUCCUCCAAUUGAGAAUAGAUUGCCUUGUAGCCUUGAAGAUUUGUACAAAGGAACAACCAAGAAAAUGAAAAUAUCUAGAGAAGUUUCAGACACGACCGGGAAGAUUGUACCAGUGGAAGAGAUCUUAACGAUUGAUAUUAAACCAGGUUGGAAGAAAGGAACAAAGAUCACAUUUCCUGAGAAAGGGAAUGAGCAGCCUAAUGUAAUACCUGCAGAUCUUGUUUUCAUCAUCGACGAGAAACCACACAGCGUGUUCACACGUGAUGGAAACGACCUAAUUAUCACACAGAAGAUAUCGCUAGCCGAGGCAUUGACUGGUUACACUGUCCAUCUCACCACCUUGGAUGGGAGAAGUCUAACGAUCCCAAUCAAUAAUGUCGUAAAUCCAAGCUACGAGGAGGUCGUCCCAAGAGAAGGAAUGCCUAUGCAGAAAGAUCCAACAAAGAAGGGGAACUUGAGAAUCAAAUUUAACAUCAAGUUCCCAUCAAGGCUGACUACAGAGCAGAAGGCUGGGAUCAAGAAACUCUUGGGUCAGUAAUAUUUUGAUUUGUUGGCUUGGUUUUCUGUAAUCAACCCAGGAACCACUCAUUUGCGAAUACAGUGUUUGAAAAUUUUGCUAAAAUGGGGCCAUCUUGUUUUUGUAUUUAAGGAAUUCAUUAACUUUAUGUUCGUAAAUAUAUUUCCUUAGGGCAACAACAAAUCAAUUCUUUAGCCAUGCAGUGAUUUUUUUUUUUUUACCUAAAUUAGGUGAAUGCUUGCCAUCAUUUGUAUCAACAUUCAAUCGCUGGAGAGCUCAGGCUAUGAGAAUUCUGAAAUUCUGUAGAA